GUCAAAUUAGAGAGAGUGCACGGGAGAGAGAGAGAGAGAGAGAGUAAGAGAGAGAGGUCCAACUCUUAUGCUGGAAGAAACUUUGGAGAAAUGAGUUUAUGAGAUCUACAUGAAGAUAAAGGAGAGGACUCAAGGAAUUAAAAAGAAAUUCAGCCAUGGGAGGUUAAAGAAUGUAGCAAAGGAAGAGCUUGAGAUGGAACUAUACCCAACUGGUUCGAGCCUGCCAGACUGUUCCCACGGAUGCAAAUCGUGCUUUCCAUGCAAGAGGGUGAUGGUGGGAUUCAAGUGCUCAACUGAGUCAUGCCCAAUUGUUCCAUGUGCUUUUGCAAAGGGAGAUACUAUCAUGUACCUUUCAAUUGAAACGAAACGCCUCGAUUGUGUAAGCCUAACCAAGUAGUCAAAUUUCUGAUAAUGUAGUCGCUGAUCACUUAUUAGUCUGAACUUUCCUUUGUGGCCAAAAGCUCCCCUUUUGUGCAUAAGGAGGGUGGAAAUUGAGGAGAACAAGGGGGGAGAAGGAUGAUGAGAAGUUUAGUAGUAGGCGGAUAAAAUGAAUUAGGAAUGUGCUUUUUUCUUUUCUUUUUUUUUUAAUAUCUGAAAAUGUUUGGCAUCAUUGUCUGUGUUUAAUUUCUAUAUUGUG